AUGAUCCACCCCGAGUCAGAGGGGCCCAAGCCAAUCCCACAGGUUGUCUACUACCAGUCUGGCGUCGGCACCACGACUCACAGCGCCCUGGACUACUUCACAUCGGGUGGUGUGGGCGUGGGCCUCGAGGACAAUGUCCUGACAGCGUAUCAUUACCUCUCGACCAAUUAUAGCCCUGCAGAUGGCGGGCAUGCCGCGGACGAGAUAUUUCUGUUUGGCUUUUCGCGGGGUGCUUUUACGGCGCGGGCUUUGGCGGGGCUUGUCACGGAGCUCGGACUGAUGAAACCAGAAUACCUGAAUGAGCUGCAGCGCGCCUAUGCUCUGUACCGGAAGGUGGGCAACAUGGCGGGCCAGCGCGACGUCGGAAACAUCAGGUUCAUGGACAAGGUCAAUGCUCUGGCGAGCUUGCUGCAGGCCGAGGACUAUCAGCUCCUGUCGGAAUUGCACCGCGACGCAAACGACGAACCGAGGAAGGAUAGCAAGAUGUAUUCGAAGGUGAAGAUCAAGGCAGUGGGAGUGUGGGAUACGGUAGGUGCACUGGGGAUCCCGGACAGCUGGUUGUCUGAACGGUUGCCGUGGAUCAACGGUCAGUUCAAGUUCCACGACGCGGCGCUCAAUUCCAGAAUCGAGAAUGCCUUCCAAGCGCUCGCGCUCGACGAGCACCGCGGCGCAUUCAAACCGACGCUCUGGUACCUGGACGACAAGUUCAUUGAGGACAAGAAAUAUCCCAACCUCAAGCAAUGCUGGUUUCCUGGCUUCCACGAAUCCAUCGGCGGCGGGGAUACGCUGCUCAACCACUGGCUCACCAAGAUGUUGCCCGAGUCGGAAAUGCACGACAUCACGCUCGCCUGGAUGUGCGACCAAAUCGACGGCCUCGUGCACUUCGACGGCGAGGCGUGCAGGAAGAUCCUUCUCGGGGAUGAUGCCGACCGGGUCAACUGGGCCACAGCCUACGAGGUCGACGUGGUGAACCUGUCGCUGCAGAUCUUCCGGCUCAACAUCCUCGGCGGCAGCCGCAUCCGCACGCCUGGAAUGUACCACGUCAACAACGCGCAGUGGGCGGCGCGCACCAACGAGACGAUGCACCCCAGCGUACACUACCGCAUCGAGGCCACGCGGCGCCAGUGGGUUCCCUACGACCCGCCCGCGCUCGGUGGGAACCUCGGCUUCAACGUGCCGCUCCUGCCGCAGGUCGGGACGCCGCGGUGGCGGUGGGAGGCGAGCGCGACGGGCAACGGCGCCGUGUGGGUGCGGCCCGCCGUGCCGGCCUUGUGGCCGCUGCACCCCAGGGAGGAGCCGAGGCGCGAGCUCAGCGAGUGGGUCAUCCGCGAGGUCCACGGCAAGACGAACUUCGAGGCCGCGCUGCUGCCGCCGCGCCUGAAGCAGCGCCUGCGCAGGCGCAACGACCGGCUGAUCAACGAGGCCGCCGCGCACAGCCAGCAGGAUGACGUGAGGAUGCAGUACUGGACCAGGACGACGUGGGGGCCUGCUGCGGAUAAGGUGGGCGGCAAGAUGGGGGCGAGGUGGCUGGCCGAGUCGCUGAUGGCGGGCGCGAGAGGCGUGGGCGAGAGGGAGAAGGAGAGGCUGGGCGAGGUGGUGGUGCAUGCGGGGGUGAGGGAGGCCGUCAGGCAUGGGCACGACGAGAUUGGCGGGUUGGUGCCGGCGGUGAAGGAAGGGAAGGGCGGGAAGAAGGGUGGGAAGCUUGGUGGGGUUGACGGUGGUGGUGGUGUGGAAGAGGAGAAUGCUGUAAUGAACGGCGGGGAGGUGAAGGCUCUUUGA